GUUUCAAACGCUAUAAAUCCGUACAAACUCCCAUCCUCCAUUUCCGAUUUUCAACUUCAUUUCCACUCUGUGAAAACCCUUACCUUCAAAUCUCUUACCAUCAUCUCUUUCUUCCUCGUCGGCGUAAGUUUUAUAACGGGGACGAUGAUGGACUCGUCUCUCCGGAGACCGGCAACGGCGACGGCCGGAUUGAAGUUCCUCACGGUUAUUCUAUUUCUAUUGCCGUUUCUGUAUGAUUUCAGAUCUGCCGCUCAACUUUUGCCUGCAGAAGAAGUUGAAGCUCUACAGUCGAUAGCAUCAAGUCUACAGUACGACAAUUGGCGGGUUUCUUCAGAUUCAUGCAGCGGAGGUGGAGGGCUUAAUAACACAAAUUCCGAUAAUGGGCAAGGGCUUAUGAGAUUUGGCAGCAAUGUUACCUGCAGCUGUAACAGCACUGUUUGCCACAUUACACGCAUCCAGUUAAAGGGACUUAAUUUGACAGGAGUUCUACCUGAAGAAUUUGCAAACCUCACUUUUCUGCAAGAAAUAGAUCUCUCCCGCAACUAUAUCAAUGGAACAAUUCCAGCACGUUUUGGUCAGCUUCGCAUUACCAUCUUAAGUCUUUUGGGAAACCGCAUUAGUGGUCCAAUACCAAGAGAAAUAGGUGACAUCCCUACACUCGAGGAGCUGGUCUUGGAAGACAAUUUGCUUUCAGGACAGCUUCCUCCAAGCCUCGGUCGUUUGACUCGCUUGAGAAGAAUCCUUCUUUCUGCAAAUAAUUUUACUGGAACUAUUCCAGAAUCGUAUGGCAAUCUGACUAAUCUAGAAGAUUUUAGGAUAGAUGGGAGUACAUUAUCAGGGAGAAUACCUAGCUUAAUUGGAAACUGGACAAGGCUCAUAAGACUUGAUUGGCAAGGAACAUCGAUGGAGGGACCUAUUCCUUCUACAAUAUCUCUGUUGACAAACUUACAAGAAUUGAGGAUAACUGAUUUGACUGGACCAAGUACAACCUUUCCCAAUCUGCAAAAUCUGACACGGAUGGUUAGACUGCAUUUGAGAAAUUGCUUGCUUACAGGUUCAGUACCCGAGUACAUAGUACAGAUGAGUGGCAUGAAAAACUUAGACCUAAGCUUCAACAGGUUGACUGGUAUAGUACCCGAUUCAAUUGGGAGGCUGAGUUUUGACACUGUGUUUCUUAAUAACAACUCGCUAUCUGGAGACAUUCCUGGAUGGGCAUUCGCUUUCAAUAAUAGAAAGAUUGAUUUAUCCUACAACAAUUUUACACAGUCACAACAAAGGAACUGUCAGCCAUCUAGCUUGAAUCUAGUUUCUGCCCUUUCAUCUACUGAAGCAAGCAACUCAAAUUCGUGGUGUAUGACAGACGGACUUACUUGCAGCAGAAACCCCAACCGUUAUGAAUUAUAUAUUAAUUGUGGUGGAACGAGUUUAGAUUUUGAGGGAAAUGAAUACGAACAAGAUUUGACAGAUGAGCGGUCGUAUUUUAAUCCUGCGGGUGAGAGAUGGGCUUAUAGCAGCAACGGUGUUUUCAUGGGCAACGAUAACGCUCCAUUUGUCACAAGAACUAACAACGUGGCAGGUGGCGAUGUAUACAGAUCCGCCCGUCUUUCUCCUACUUCCCUUAGAUACUAUGGACUCUGUUUGAGAACCGGUAGCUACAAAGUCCGACUCCACUUUGCUGAAAUAAUGUACUCUGAUGAUAUGACAUUUAGUAGCCUGGGAAGGCGCAUUUUCGAUGUCUCGAUUCAAGGGGAUCUGAAACUGAAAGAUUUUAACAUAGUGGAAGCAGCUAAUGGUACUGGAAGGGGAAUCUAUAGAGAUUUUGACAAUAUUAUUGUUAAUGGUAGCACGAUAGAGAUACAUUUGUAUUGGACAGGGAAGGGGACUACUGCAAUUCCAGAUCGAGGUGUAUAUGGUCCUCUUAUAUCAGCCAUCACAAUAACACCAAACUUCAAGGUUUCAACAGGUGGCCUAUCUGCCGGAGCUAUAGCUGGAAUUGUGAUUGGUUGUUGUGCAUUUGUCCUGUUGAUUUUAGCUGUUCUUUGGAAGCUAGGUUAUCUAGGAGGAGACAAAGAAGACAAAGAACUUCGAGCUCUUGAAUUACAAACGGGUUAUUACAGUCUACGACAAAUCAAAGCUGCAACACAUAACUUUGACUCCGCAAACAAGAUUGGUGAAGGUGGGUUUGGACCUGUUUACAAGGGCGUACUCGCAGAUGGGUCCACAAUCGCUGUUAAGCAACUCUCCUCAAAGUCAAAACAAGGAAACCGAGAAUUUGUGACUGAAAUAGGCAUGAUAUCCGCUUUACAACAUCCAAAUCUUGUUAAACUUUACGGCUGUUGUAUAGAAGGAAACCAACUGUUACUGAUAUACGAAUACCUAGAAAACAAUAGCCUUGCACGUGCUCUUUUUGGUAAAGAAGACCAGCGGCUUAAUUUAGACUGGAAAACAAGACAAAAGAUAUGUACACAAGUGGCCAAAGGGUUGGCUUAUUUACAUGAGGAAUCGAGGUUGAAAAUUGUUCACAGAGACAUAAAAGCCACCAAUGUGCUUCUUGAUAAGGACCUUAAUGCCAAAAUAUCAGACUUUGGUCUUGCCAAACUUGAUGAAGGAGAAAACACACAUAUUAGCACACGGAUCGCUGGAACAAUCGGAUAUAUGGCUCCAGAAUAUGCUAUGAGAGGAUACUUGACGGAUAAAGCAGAUGUUUACAGCUUUGGAAUCGUGGCUUUAGAGAUUGUGAGCGGGAAAAGUAAUACGAAUUACCGGCCAAAAGAGGAGUUUGUCUACCUUCUUGAUUGGGCCUAUGUUUUACAAGAGCAAGGAAAUCUACUCGAACUUGUGGACCCCAUACUCGGUUCACAUUACUCUAAAAAGGAGGCAAUGAGAAUGUUGGACGUGGCCUUACUGUGCACGAAUCCAUCACCGUCACUCAGGCCUGCCAUGUCAGCGGUGGUGAAUAUGUUGGACGGGAAGAUUCCAGUUCAACCAUCAGUGGUGAAACGGAAUGGAAUGGAUGAUGCCAUGAGGUUUAGAGCCUUUGAAAUCAUAUCACAAGAUAGUCAAACUCAAACACGCUCUUCUAUUAUAUCGCCCGAAAGUCAACUCCCACGGAGCACCACUAUAGAUGAUCCAUGGGUAGAUUCAUCUGUGUAGAGAAUGUUGUUAUUCUUUCUCAUGAUUUGUUGUUGUGAAAAUAUGUUUGUAAAUUGCAUAUACGAGUUUC